UUAUGUCAACUGUAGUUUGUAAGUGGCAAUGCUUGCUUGCUUACUUUCUGCUUUCGUUGCUUAACUCGUACGCGCGUCGUUAGUCAAUGGACUUUUCGGUUACAAGAAUACAAAACAUAACAUACAAAUAAGAUAAAUAAACUAGAGUGUACGAUUUGUGUUACGUGCAAACCGUGAACACCAAUAAAACUGGGAUGCUUCGAAGAUAUUAUGUGAAAGUGACAGUCUUAUAAUAUCGAAUUCUUUUUUUUUGUGAGAAUUACAAUGUUGUUUCGCAUAGUUUCAAGUACCGCCACAUAAAUAUUAUAAUGGGAACUCUGUGUACCCGUACGACUCGAAAGCACUAUGUUCGAAGUGGGAUGAUAAAUACAAGUUCGUGAUUAUCAGUUAGAAUGCAAGACGAGUGUUCGAAUACGAAGAGGAACUUCGAGCAGCGGAGGCCUACGAAAGUGCUGAAGAUAGCGGAGAGUUUCACAAACUUGGACGAGACUGCUAAGGCUGGUCGAUUUGUGCGUGGUCCCAACUCGAAGGUUGGGAAGAGGUUCCUGGAAAAUGGGGGACGAAGUAGACGCGAGUGUUGUGAUGAUGGUUGUACGGAGUCGAGUGUAAGUGAUGGUGAGAAACUUGGUGAUCGAAGAGUGACCGGGUCCUCGUGCACGGCGCUCAGGACAGCAGUGGCAGCCCUCUAUCCUUUCGACGAUUUCAUUUUAGAAAAAAUCGGAACUGGCUUCUUCUCUGAAGUAUUCAAAGUGACACACAAGACCUCUGGCAAGGUCAUGGUUCUAAAGAUGAACCAGCAGAGGGCGAACCGUCCCAAUAUGCUCCGAGAAGUACAGCUCAUGAACAAGUUAAAACACCCCUACAUCUUAGGAUUCAUGGGCGUUUGUGUACAUGAAGGUCAACUCCACGCUCUCACGGAGUACAUGGAGGGAGGGUCUCUGGAGCAGCUAAUUCUCGGAAGGCCUUUUCAGCCACUGCCGCAGUCCUUGAGGAUAUCGCUAGCUACCGAUGUCGCUGAGGGCAUGAUGUACUUGCAUUCAUUAGGUGUCUUCCAUAGAGAUCUUACUACUAAGAAUGUAUUGUUAAGAAAAGUUGGCGACGGCGAGUAUACCGCCGUUGUAGCAGACUUCGGCUUAGCUGCCAGGAUACCUCAUCCAAUCAACGGUCAUCGUUUACCGAGCGUCGGAUCCCCGUGGUGGAUGUCACCGGAGUGUCUGAGGGGUCGGUGGUACGAUAAUCGCUCAGACAUAUUCUCGUAUGGGAUAAUUUUGUGCCAACUUAUAGCGAGGGUGGAUGCGGAUCCAGACGUUUUGCCGCGGACAGAUAACUUCGGUCUCAACUACAUGGCAUUCGUGGAGCUUUGUGACGAAGAUACUGUACCAGAUUUUCUUCGUCUAGCUUUCAAUUGCUGCAUUUACGAGCCCAAAGCUCGGCCGCUAUUCCCGGAGAUAGUGAGCAAACUCGCCGAGGUGAAGGAGGGCCUCGACGACGCCGCGUGGGAGUGUCAUACGCCUAACAACUCCUACGACAGCGAGGAGGCAGACUCGUCCGGACCGCGCUCGUGCCCCGGCCUAUCUGCCUGGCGCCGCCCGCAGCGCAUGCGCUCCGAGGGCAGUCCGCACGCCCACGUGCACACACACACGCGUGACCGCGGAGCCGCACACCGCCGCUCCCUUUCGGAACUGGAGUGGGCGUGGCGAGGCACCGGGCCCGCGGGUGGCGCGCCGCCGCACCGCUCCGCCGGCGCUCUAGCGGCGCCGCCGCCCGCACCGCCGCGACUGCAGCGCCUCCAGCGUCUCGCUCAUAUCAUGCUUUUGCGCGACUCGCACGCUGCACCCACGCCCGCUCGACGCGCACUGCACACGUUCCGCGGCGUGCACAAAAUUCUCGAGCCGGCGCCGACCGCCGGCACGCCGGCGCGCUGCUCCAGCGGGGACCCGCCGCCCUCCCCGCCGCGCACCCUGCCUGACGAGCCGCGCUGCUCGUCGCUGCCGCCGUCGCCGACGUUCGCGCGUCGCACGCCCUUCGACGAAGCUCCACCGCCGAAGCUCGACUACCCGAAGAGUGACUCGAGUGUCGAGCUUCGUCGACGCGCCUCCUGCGAGAGCGGAAUCUUCUCAGUCGCCAACGAGGACCUGUGCGCGCCCCCGAGCUUCGGAGCCGUGUGUCCGUGCUCGCUAAUGGGCUGCCACCGCUGCUGGUGGUGGCGACGAGACGUCGGCGACCGCUCCCUCGACGACGAGCCGGACGGAGACCGCGCCCGUCUCCGCGUGUGCUCCGACUGCCUGCACGUGUACGAGCGCCUGCUGCGCCGCCGUCCGGCGCCGCCCGACGACUCGGCGCUCUCGACCACGGUCAGCUCGCUGCGCAGUCUCGACGACGAGGCGGAGGCGGAGGCGGCGUGCGAGAUCGGCGACGUGGGAGACUGGUCGCCGUUCCUGUGCGAGGGCUCGGCGGAGGAGCGCGAGGCGCACGUGCUGGCGCGCUGCUGCUGCGCCGCGGGGCUGCGCGCGGGCUGCGGCGCGCGCGCGCUGCACGCCGACGAGCUGCGCCGCGUGCUGCCCCGCGCCCUCCAGGCCUUCCCCGCGCACCUCCUGGCUGCCUACAAACGUACGUCCAGCGUGUACACGGAUAGCUCCGAGGACGUGGCCUCGCUGGGCUCGGACAGCCUCUACGACGAUCGCAUCCCGAGACACGUGCGCUCCGCCCAGAUCUCGAAGAUCGUCGAGUACUUCGAGAGGAAAGGUGCCGACUUCCGAUGCGACGCAUUCAAGGCGCAGCGGCUGAAGGUUUCGGGCGGGUUCGGUCCGCCGCUCCUCGGCAAGGAGUACUUCGUGGACGUGAAGCACCGCGGCGGCGUGGCGGGCGGCGCCCGGGCGGCCCAGCGGCUGAUGAUCUGCGAGGGCGCGGUGCGCUCCAAGCUGCCGCUGUUCGACAAGAAGUCGUAACGGCGCGAGCGCGAGCUCGAGCGGCGCAGCUCCAUGUACCGCUGACCGCACUCGCGCACUCUCGGCUUCCGCUAGCGUCGUUUACGACAGUACUGUUUUUAUUCAGAUUAUAGAGAUCGUGAGAGCUAUAUAGUAUUG